AAGUUAGAUGUGGUUUUCCACGAUGGAUCACCUAAGUCGAUAGCACACUAAAUUUUGUUCAUCUAACUUCAACUAACUAAUGUAAAUCUCAGCAUUGAUUUGAAAAACAAAAAUUGCUAUUUUGCCAGCCUAUUAAAUACCCAACCAAUAACGGUCCAUUCUCCCAGCUGUGCCGAAUGCCCAUACAUGUGAAUUAAUAGACUCGAAACCCAUCGUGUGUAACACUCCAAGAUUCAAUCUUUAGAUCUAUACGCUUCUUUUUAUAUAUACUUUAUAAUCUUGUUUUCUUGCCAAACUACUGUUUCUGCCAUUCAAACAUGGAGUCUUGCAUCUACCAUCAGCUCAAAUCCCAGCCUGUAUGGCUUCUUUUGCUUCUUUCUUUAGGUUUCUUGAAAGUCUUGUGCUUUUCAGUCAUCUUUCUCAAAUGGGUCUAUGUCAAUUUCCUCAGACCUGCUAAGAAUCUUAAGAAAUAUGGGUCAUGGGCACUUGUUACUGGACCUACAGAUGGUAUUGGGAAGGGCUUUGCUUUUGAAUUAGCUCGAAAAGGGCUUAAUUUGGUUCUUGUGGGUCGUAACCCUGAUAAACUUAAGGAUGUUUCUGAAUCGAUUAAUGCUAAAUAUGGACAGACCCAGAUCAAAACAGUGGUCGUUGAUUUCUCUGGUGAUUUGGAUGAAGGGGUUAAGAAGAUUAAGGAGACAAUUGAAGGAUUAGAUAUUGGGGUUUUGAUUAACAACGUUGGGGUUUCGUAUCCUUAUGCUAGAUUUUUCCAUGAAGUGGAUGAUAAGCUGUUGGCUGAUUUGAUUAAAGUUAAUGUGGAAGGGACUACAAAGGUUACUCAAGCUGUUUUGCCUGGUAUGAUUCAGAGGAAAAGAGGAGCAAUUGUUAAUAUUGGUUCUGGUGCGGCUAUUGUUAUCCCCGCUGAUCCUCUGUAUGCUGUUUAUGCCGCUACUAAAGCAUACAUUGAUCAGUUCUCCAGAUGCCUCUAUGUAGAGUACAAGAAGAGUGGAAUUGAUGUGCAAUGCCAGGUGCCGUUGUAUGUGGCAACAAAAAUGGCGUCAAUCAAAAGAUCUUCAUUUUUUGUUCCCUCGACUGAUGGUUAUGCUCGGGCUGCCCUGCGAUGGAUUGGUCAUGAGCCAAGGUGCACACCUUACUGGCCCCAUUCUCUUCUGUGGGGUUUGCUAUAUUCAUCACCAGAAUCAAUGGUUGAUGCUUGGCGUCUGAAGUUCUGCAUUGGAAUUCGAAGGAGAGGGCAGCUGAAGGAUUCCAGGAAGAACGAAUAGAAAGCAUUGCCUUUACCUCAUUCGAUAUCUUAAAUUCUGCUAAGUAGACAAUUACUUUCUGUCUCUAUUUCCAAUUGGGUAAUGCAACAAGAAGCUUGAUUUUGUUCUUACUCAUUAAACAAGGCCUAGUGUUAUUUUUGCAUUUUUAGUUGUAUGCUGAUUGAAUCAAGAGCAGUCUAAAAGAUAUUGGAACUCUCAAUUCUA